CGCACGCGCAUCGAAAGUUUCGCUUGGCUGCUAAUCAGCUGAUACAGCUGAUAGCUGGUGACUUAACCGUAGUGAUUUUAUUCGGAGUCGGAAAACCGAAUGUAUAUCGCACAAAUAACAAAUUCUAGCGCAUGCGAUACGUAAUAGAUAAAGUAUGUCUUGGAUCGUGAAAUCUGUGCGAGCCGCUGUAAACACAUGGACACCGCAAGUGAUCCCGGUGCGAUUUCGCUAUUACAAGGACAAAGUGGCCGAGGGCUCGUUAAAAAGGCGAUAUGGAUACGAAGAUCCUAUAGAUAUGCGGGGCCUUCUACCGCGACAGGACAAUAAGCGACUGCCGAUGCCGAUCUAUCGGCCGAAAGAUACCUGGUGCGAGAGGAAGGCACUAUUCGGACAGAACGACUACAUUGACUUACUGGGCUCCGAUAGUCUCCAUCCGACGAGAAUUCUCUAUAACGUGCCCGCUUGGUUGCGUGGUGUCAAGGGCAACGAGUAUCAAGUCUUGUUGAGAAAGAAAAAGAUAUGGCAGAAAGGGAUAUUUCCAAUCGCGAGACCAACAAAGUGGAAAGAGCUGGACAAGAGAAUACGCUACUUGUACAAAUUCCUAAAUCGUAAGACGAAACAAUAAAACAAUUAGUUGGAUUGCGAUAUAUAACCGUGUAAUUAAAUUAUAAUUAAAAUAUAUACAGUACCUGUGUUUUCCAAUAGUUUCCGAGUAUUUUAUCGACUUCUUGUGUUUCGCAAUAUUAAUUAUAAAUACAAUUCACUAUUCUCAAUAAUGUGGUUAUGAAAAAUAUAUAAAAUAAUGAAUUUAUUUAUUGACAAA